CUUUUCUUCAAAAUUAUGUCUGCAAGUCUUACUAUCAAUCUCAAGAGGGCGAGUAAAGUAUAUCAUGAAGGAGAGACGAUCGCAGGUGUGGUGGUGGUGGAGAGCAGCAGUGACGUGCGGCAUGACGGGCUUACGCUGCUCAUGGAGGGCUCCGUCAGCCUGCAGUUCAGCUCUAAGAAUGUCGGCAUCCUCGACGCCUUCUCCAGCAACCUUAAGCCAAUAAACCUGGUGCAGACGAGUGUGGAGCUGGCGGCGCCAGGUAAGAUCCCUGUGGGUGUCACGGAAAUCCCGUUCGAGAUGCCGCUGCGCGCUCGGACUUCCGCCGCGGGGGGACCGGCACUGCUCGAGUCCUACCAUGGCGUUUUCGUCAAUAUUAUGUACGCACUACGGGCCAACAUGAAGCGCUCCUUUCUCAACAAGCCGCUCAACACCAGCUGCCAGUUCUUCGUGCAGUAUCGACAUCAAGAACCGCCGCCGCCGAAGCCCGUGCGCUGCGAGAUCUCGCCGACCAGCAUCCGCGCGGGCGGCGCCGCGGGCGCGCGCGCGCUUCUGCCGCAUUUCCAGAUUUACGCGGAGAUCGACUCCACUGUCUGCGCGCUCGACAGACCACUCACCGGCAAGAUCCGCGUGGACGAGUGCUCAGUGCCUAUCAAGUCGAUCGAGCUGCAGCUGGUACGCGUCGAGACCUGCGGUAGCGCCGACGCUUACACGAGAGAUGCGACGGAGAUACAGAACAUCCAGGUGGGCGAUGGCGAGCAGCUGCGCGCGCGUGAUGUACCGCUGUACAUGGUUCUGCCACGCCUCUUCACCUGCCCCACCACCACCACGCACAAUUUCAAGAUUGGUACGACUUGGCUCCUCCCUCCGCUCCAUUUCAUAUAACACGUUACAAUUCUACCAAAUUCGAGCUGAACAUUGCGGUGAUAUUCGAGGAUGACUAUUUAGUGACUGAAAAUUUUCCCAUAUUGCUACUAAGGAGCAGAUAGUGGUAC